AUGGCCUUCCUCAGGACUCUUUGUGUGGUGACAAUAAUGGUGACAUUCCUGUCAAAAUGCUCUCAUUCACAGCUGAAUGUGUGCGGAACCCCUCCUCUUAACACUAGGAUCGUGGGGGGUCAGGACGCUCCUGCAGGGAGUUGGCCAUGGCAGGCCAGUCUUCACAGAUUAGGCAGCCAUUUUUGUGGGGGAUCCCUCAUCAACAAAGAGUGGGUAUUGACUGCUGCUCACUGCUUUUCCAGUACCAGUACAUCAAAUGUGGUGGUCUACGUGGGUCGUCUGAGCCAGCAGGGCUCCAACCCCAACGAGGUGACCCGGACAGUCACUCGGAUCAUCCGCCACCCCAACUACACCAGAAGUACCAGUGACAAUGACAUGUGUCUGCUGAAGCUCUCCUCCAUUGUGACUUUUACAAACUUCAUUCGGCCAGUCUGCCUAGCUGCACCAGGCAGCUCCUUCCAUGCUGGGGCUACUAGCUGGGUCACCGGCUGGGGCAGCAUCCGUAGUGGAGUGUCCCUGCCCUCACCACAGACCCUACAGGAAGUGGAUGUGCCAGUAGUGGGGAACAGGCAGUGUAACUGUAACAAUGGAGUUGGUUCUAUCACUGAUAACAUGAUCUGUGCUGGUCUAUCAGCAGGAGGAAAGGAUUCCUGUCAGGGAGACUCAGGAGGUCCAAUGGUGAGCAAACAGGGUAUUCGCUGGAUCCAGUCUGGCGUUGUGAGUUUCGGCAACGGGUGUGCCCAGGCAAAUCUCCCAGGAGUGUACGCAAGGGUGUCUCAGUACCAGACCUGGAUCAACACCCAGAUCACCAGUGACCAGCCAGGCUACGUCACCUUCUCCUCCAGUGGGACUGAUUCUGACCUCAGUGUCUCCUGUACUGGUCUUCCAGCCCCAGCCACCACCACAACUGCCCCGAAAACCACAACCACCACCACCACUACCACUGCAGCCGUGGUGUGCGGCAGUGCCUCUUUGAACUCCCUUACUGGUGGGGGCUUGGCCUCAGGGGGAUCCUGGCCCUGGAUAGCCAGUCUACAGACAAACGGAACACACGUCUGCGGGGGCACAAUGGUGGCAGAGGACUAUGUCAUGAGCGAUGCUGGGUGCUUCUCCAGUCAGUCCAACGCCUCUCAGUGGACCGUGAUCAUGGGUCGUCUAAAGCAGAACGGCUCCAACCCCAACGAGGUAACCCUUAAAGUCAUCAACAUCACCAUGAGCAACUUGACGGCCAACAACGUGGCAAUCCUCAGACUGGCCAGCCAACCCACGUUGUCUGACUACAUCCAGCCCAUCUGUGUGGACCAGGGAAGCACCACCUUCAGCAUAGGGACUCAGUGCUGGGUGGCUGGCUGGGGCAGGGGCCAGGGUGGAGCCGAACAGAACUUGGAGCAGUCCCAGACCUCUGUGGUGGAUUGUGGGAGCUCUGGCUCCUCUGAUAACAUCUGCACUGCUGCCUUGGACCUUCGACAGGGUGAAGGGGGUGGUCCUCUGAUGUGUAAGCAGGGUGAUGCAUGGUACCAAGCUGCUGUUUUGACUGUCAACAGCAGCAACAAGACCAGCUCCAGCAAAACACGAUGGAGCCAGAGUCCUCGCUCCUCCAACAUCCAGGUCUUCACCAAAACCGCUCGCUUCCAGAGCUUCCUUCAGACCACUGUGGGCACGUUCCCUUCACCCGUCACAGCCAGAACCCCCGUCAAUAACACCAACACUGCCAACAGCACAACUGUCAGCGCAACUACCGCUGUCGUUACUCCUGCCAGUGGGCCCUUAACCAACAAUAGCGAUGGGUUCCGUUGGGACUAUGACAGGGACGUGGACACCUCUUACCUGCACACAAUGGGCCAGGAGAGGGUCAAGGCAGCCUACGCCCUGAAGACAGACACCACCAAACAACAUGUGGAUGCCUUCUUCCAGAAGAUGGACAAGAACAGAGAUGGAGUAGUCACUCUGGACGAAUUCAUUCUGUCCUGCCAGGAGGACGAAAACAUCAUGAGGUCCCUGCAGCUCUUCAAAAAUGUCAUUUAG